AUGGCAGCUGCUAGCAAGCAAGGCCGCUCGGAUGGGGAUGCUACAGAAGUGCGGUGGAGUGCUCCAAUAGGGGAUGUUUAUAAACUCAACACUGAUGCGUCGAUGGUAAAGGACAAAGGUAUUGGUAUGGGAAGAGUGGAUCGGGACUCAGAAGGGGAUGUCAUGAUGGCUACUUGUUGUGGUAUGAUGGGCAUAGCAAAUGUCGAGUUAGCUGAAGCACUAAGCGCGAGACACGGGCUUCAACUUUCUGUGGAAGCGGGAUUGAGGAGCUUGAUUAUGGAAGUUGAUUGCAAAAAGCUUUUAAAUUAUCUGCAGGCGCGAAUUUAUGAGAUGUCUCCCUUUGGGAAAAUAGUUGCAGAUAUAUUAGAGUAUGCUUCUCAAUGUACAUUUAUUUCAUUUGCUCAUGUGAAAAGGCAAGGAAACAAAGUUGCCCAUCUCUUAGCUCAAAUGUGCAAAUCUGCCAUUGAGCUGAGAGUGUGGAUAGAGGAAGCACCUUUGGAGGUUGCUAAUGGUGUAAUUUGUGACAAGUUUGCUGAGUAA